AUGAGACUUCUCAGCACGCACACUCUCCAGCUGGAAGAGUUCAUCGGUGACACAGCGCCGGACUAUGCUAUCCUCUCUCACACAUGGGAAAAGGAGGAAGUCAUCUUCCCUGAUUUGGUCGGCGGUGACCUGGAUAAGGCUCGCUCAAAAGCUGGUUUCGCGAAGGUCCAAGGUGCAUGCGCCCUGGCCAGAAGACAAGACUACGACUACAUCUGGAUCGACACAUGUUGCAUCGACAAAUCCAGCAGCGCCGAACUGUCCGAGGCCAUCAACUCCAUGUACCGGUGGUACCGCAACUCGGCCGUCUGCUACGCCUACCUCAGUGACGUCCAUGCCGGUGGUAUUGGGACGCAAUUUGAAAAGACGCAACUCGAACGCAGCAGGUGGUUCGAGAGGGGAUGGACGCUGCAAGAGCUCAUCGCCCCGAACGAUGUUGAGUUCUACAACGCAGACUGGGGUCUUAUCGGCGAGAAGAAGGACCCACAGCUCCUCCCCAUCAUAUCCCGGGCCAGUCUUGUCGACGAGUGCGUCCUCGGUCUCGCCGUUGAGCUCCAGGACGUCAGCGUGGCCAAGAAGAUGUACUGGGCUUCGAGAAGGCGCACGACUCGAAAGGAGGACGGGGCCUAUUGCUUGAUGGGACUGUUCGAUGUCAACAUGCCCCUGCUCUACGGUGAGGGAGGAAAGGCCUUCGCCCGCCUGCAGCAGGAAAUCGCGAAAGCCACGGCCGACCAAUCCAUACUGGCAUGGUAUUGUAGUCCCUACGAUCGGUCGCAAUACUGGGUCGGCAAGAAGACUUUGCCAUCCUGUUUCGCCCCAUCCCCAAGGUGUUUUAGGAAGUCGGGGAGUAUCUCGCCACUCCGAGAAGCGCCUAUCACGAGGUCAAUCUUAGGCCACGUCAACUUGAUGACUAACUCCACUGCCUUCAUGGCCAUUAUUAAGGAGAAAACGAAAGGAGAUUCCCAGAUCGAAGUCAUCCUCCACUGCCAGAUAGGGCCGAUCCCCGGGACAUUUCCAACCAUCAUCCUGCGCCAACACUUGGGCAACCCGCGGCAUUACACUCGGCUUCUUUGUGACGGACUUGUGACUCAAAGUUCCCUGUACACCCCGGAAUCUCUUCUGGCCCAUCCCGGGGUCAACUGGGCCGAACGGCAGAUGAAGCCCCUAGGUUUUCGGGACAAGGAAUGGGGCAAGGGAAACCCUAGAGAGACAUUUCAAGUGAUCCUUGAAAGUGUCGCAAAUGAGAAGGUGUUUGAAGUCGAAUAUGUGACCAUCCCGCUCACGCUUCUUCACCGGGGCGGGUUCACCUCCGCGCCCGAGGAAUUUAUGGAGAUGCAGGGUGAUGGCCGGACGCCGAGAUACUACGCUCCCAUACACACGUUCUGGCUCCUGCCACUGGCAAUCGAAGGCUCGACAAUGACACUAUCGAUCGAAGAAGCCGCGCCCCUUAGGAGGUGGAACCGCGGCAACUGUCAGAUGAUAUUGAAUCUGGAUUACUGCAUGCCUGGGACUCCCGACCUACGCGAGCCGGUUCAUAUUAUGGCCGGAGUUGCCCGUAUCAGUGUCCAAAGUGCCGCCAAGGAAGCGAUUUCUGGGCGCCACCAGCGUUUCGGGACGGCGGUUGUUGCUUUUGGGCUCACACCAAGGGGCCACCUGUAUUCGAAACCUGGAUGGUGCGCCCUCGUCAACGGUGACGGUGUGUCUAACCUAGAAGGUUUCUAUGCAUCCAGACAGCUGGAUAUCCAGGACCCGGAACCGGACUCCUUGCUUGAUCUGGGCAACGGCGUCGUGCUCAAGGCGUCAUUCGUGCCAACAAAUGUUUCUGACAGACUGUUUGGGAUAGUCAAGCUUUUGGUUGCCACACAGGACAGUGAGAACAAGACGGUCGUUGAUGGCAGAAAGCAUGUCAUCAUUAAAGCUGAUGCAGACAUGAAUCAAACUAGGAAGGAUGGGAAUGGCGCUAACAGCAGGGAAAUGGUCGGAUCGCUUCUUCACUUUCUGAACCCCUGA